UUGCCACUCUCCAUGCCCAAAAAACACUUCUGAAACAAACUCUCCUAACAGCUUCCUACUACUAGCAAGAGAGCCUUGGGAGAGGCAAAAAAUCUCUCGCAUUUUCCUCCUCUUCUACUCAGAUUUUCUAGUCCAGAUUUCUGCAUAUUUCAUAAACAUGGAGACUGCUGGCAUCACGUGCUACGCGCGCGGCGCAUUCCUCCCCGGUGUCUCUUCUCAGCAAUAUUCAACUACACGGGUUUCUCCAUCCUUCAGCUCAAAGAGUAUGAAAUCCAGAUGGGUAUUUGGGGAAUCCUUGAGGAUCAUGCCAAGGGCAUCGGUAAAGGUCUCGAAGAUGAAGAAUUCUUCACUUGUAGCAAGAUGUGCGCUUGGCGAUAGCCUGGAAGAAUUCCUUUCAAAGGCAACCCCAGAUAAGGGACUGGUUCGGCUGAUGACUUGCAUGGGAGAAGCACUCAGAACCAUUGCCUUCAAAGUUAGAACAGCUUCUUGUGGAGGAACAGCUUGUGUCAACUCUUUUGGAGAUGAGCAACUUGCCGUUGAUAUGCUUGCCGAUAAGCUCCUUUUCGAGGCCUUGACAUACUCCCACUUCUGCAAAUAUGCUUGCUCUGAAGAAGUCCCUGAACUUCAAGACAUGGGAGGCCCAGCUCAAGGGGGCUUCAGUGUUGCUUUUGAUCCACUCGAUGGGUCUAGCAUCGUCGACACAAAUUUCACAGUUGGCACCAUUUUUGGGGUGUGGCCUGGAGAUAAGUUAACCGGAGUAACUGGAAGAGAUCAAGUGGCUGCAGCCAUGGGGAUUUAUGGACCCCGGACUACUUAUGUUCUUGCUGUUAAAGAUAUUCCUGGCACCCAUGAGUUCCUUCUUCUUGAUGAAGGAAAAUGGCUACAUGUCAAGGACACAACAGAAAUUGGUGAAGGAAAGAUGUUUUCUCCUGGAAAUCUGAGAGCUACAUUUGACAACCCCGACUAUGACAAGUUGAUCAACUACUACGUAAGAGAGAAAUACACUUUGCGGUACACUGGAGGAAUGGUGCCUGAUGUUAACCAGAUUAUUGUGAAAGAGAAGGGUAUCUUCACAAAUGUGACAUCCCCAACAGCCAAAGCCAAGCUGAGGCUACUCUUUGAGGUAGCUCCACUAGGGUUCUUAAUCGAGAAGGCCGGAGGACACAGUAGCGAUGGAAAACAAUCCGUGCUAGACAAGUUGAUCGUCAAUCUUGAUGACCGGACUCAAGUGGCUUAUGGAUCCAAGAACGAGAUUAUCCGGUUCGAAGAAACUUUGUAUGGUUCCUCUAGGCUCAAGAGCGGUGUGCCUGUUGGAGCAGCUGCUUAAAUUUAAUAAGCUGCUUAUGUUUUGAAUGCCUUCCCUUCCUUUCAGGAGAACCCAAAAAAAUUCAAAAGCUACUUCCUAUACAGGCUUGUUGAUCAAAGAUGUAUUCAGUUUAUGGCUUUGGAAAGUUGAAUGGAUUCUCUCGAGAGGGAAAAAAAGAUUAAGCAGUUUCGAUUUUUGUUC